AAGAAAAAAUACAUUCCGUAUACAUAUUUUGAAAUGUCCACGCGGUACAUGAAGAAGGUUUACGGCGGCGACGUGACCCUCGAGAAAGGUGACAGCGACGUGAGUGACACGGAGGAAGUUCUGGUGACCAGCAACGCCAAGUCCAAGUCUUUCAACGUUUUUGACGUGUUGAAUCAGAACUCUGAUAAGGAUGAGGAUACCGAUGGCAGGCAGGAGGAUGAGGACCUAGUUACAAAUAAUGUGGAUUAUAAUGACACGAAGCGCAGGAAGAGAAAGAAAAAGCACAAGAAGCUGGAAAAUGAGAGAAUUAGGAGCCAGCAGGAGCAUGAAGAGGAGUGUAACGAGAAUGUAGACGAGAUUGAACGAAGUGUGAGGGAAGUGAAUAAGUUGCUUGGGGAGCCACUGCCAGGUUGCAGUAAUCAAGUUUUGGAGGCACAAUGGGUCGACCAAAUAUCCAAGGAGAGUAUAUUGACUGUACAGCGUAAACACUUGAAUCCAUAUAACGAGUUGAAGAAGAUCUUUGGUAGCAAAACUAUAGAGGCUGGACAAAGCAAGAGAAAUAAAGGCCGCCCUGGAAAUUUAAAGAAGACAUGGUUGAUUUGUCCACAACAAGAUAAUACUUGGAUACAAAUAACUAAGAAAUCUGGAUUAUCAAUGACUCUAGAUUAUUCUAUGAAGGAUACUACGGGGGAUGUACAAUAUUUUGUAUAUGAACAUAGCGCUUCGUACAAAGAGAUACAGCAUAAAUUUUUGCAAGCCGUGGAAAGUUUGAAUCCAGAGAAUAUAAUUAAUAUAGUAAAUGCCCAUUCUUACCAUAUAGACUCCCUCCUGCAGGUAUCUGAAAUGUGUAAAAUAAAUGAUGAUUUAGCGUAUGCAGCGGAGUUUAUCAAACGUGCUCUAUACUGCUUAGAAUGUGCAUUUCAUCCGUUCUUCAACAUAACAACCGCGCAAUGUAGAUUGGAUUAUAGGAAGCAGCAGAAUCGCGCACUUUUUAUAACACUUUUUAAACAUCUCGGAUUCGUCGGCGGACGUGCUUGUUACAGAACAAGUUUGGAAUUUUGUAAAUUACUCCUGUCAUUGGAUCCUGAAAAUGAUCCAUUAGCAGUGGUUCUGUCCAUUGACUUCUAUGCCUUGAAAGCCAAAGAAUACGAAUGGUUCAUAAAGUUUUGUAAUCUAUGGGAGGACUCCAGAAAUUUAACUCAAUUACCAAAUAUAGCGUAUAGCUUGGCUUUGGCUCACUUUCGUCUGGGAAAUAAAACUGAUGCCGAUACACUUCUGCAAAAUGCUCUUAUCAUGUUUCCAGGUGUAUUGAUGCUCUUACUGGAAAAAUGCAGUAUACAAACAGACGCGAAGGUAAUGUCCCACGAUUUUUUCAACUCUAAAGCACAAUCUAACACAUCGCCGGCUCUAGAGAAACUGCAAAAGUUAUAUGUCGUGCGCAGCUUCCAUCUUUGGAAAGAAGCAGAUAUUUUACCAUGGUUGGAAGAGUGUGUGCACGCUGUGCUAAAUCGGGUCGAGUCUAAAGAUGAUUACAUCAAGUACUGUCAAGUGAAGCGUAACCAACGUUAUCGGGGAAAAUUGCCGAGAAAUAUAUUAAGACACAUCAUAUUAUCGGACUUGCAGGAAGUUAUAGUUAACGUUCAGGAGAUCCAGGGUGAAGACCCAAUGUUGUCACACGAUCCAUUACCGCCGCUAGAUAGUAUUGACAUUUAUAAAAGGCCUACGGCAAACGAUAGACCACCUGAAAGCAGUUCGAAUUUUAUUUCUCUCUUUUUCUCUUCGCUUUUCACGGACAUUAAUAGCGCAACUGCUGCUUUAAAUGACCUGAAUUUAUUCGAGGAGAAUGAUGACCACGCGUAACAACAACCUUCUUUAAUUGUGUGGAACUCAACGCCAAAAGAAACCUAUCCAAUCUAACAAUUUUAAGUAAUACACAUAUGUCCUUUUAAAUAGUCAUGUAAAAAUGCAAAAAAUUAGUUGGUACAUACUAUAGUCUAAGAAGAUUAUUCCAGCAUUCAUUUGAUUUCAUGUAUAAAGAAAUUGUAUGUAUAAAAUUUUGUUAGAGUUUUUGUUCAGUGUAAAAUUGUUUCUGAAUAUAGUAAGUAGUGUUGCAUUAUUAUAUGCACCACUAUAUAUUAAACGACAAAAUAAUUAUUAUAACAUCAUAAAUCUGUUAUAUAUGCAUUUUUUAAAGACUUGUAAAUAUAAUAAAUAUACUAUAUCGCAAAAAUAAAAA